AUGGUGAAUUCCGACCUGAGAAAGCUGACGAAGAAGGAGCGACAACUGCGGGACAUGGUGGAAUCCAUUGAGGAGUUCGUGAACGAGUAUCAGGAGGCACGCGAUAAAGGUUCUGUUCCAGCAAGACUGAAAAAGCUGGACGAGGUCUACGAUUCCUUCUGUGAUGUGCGCGCAGACAUCGAAAUACUCCUCGAGGAAUGCGACACCGAUGAUGAGGAGAGUAGAGAGGUUCCAGCAGCGGUUCGCGAACAGACCAUGGCGGCCAGGGUGAAACAACGCAGCGAACAAAAUUCCAAGACCCUGAAGACAUUCAUCCAACAAUACUUCCGACUAAAGGCAUCAUUAGAAGGUUUCAUGCACGGGCCCGGUUCAAGCAGUCAACUGAUCCCAGCACCACCGAACAACGCACCGGCGGCGGCCUCUCCUAUGCGUGUGAAGCUACCCGAAUUGAAGAUUCCGACGUUUCGGGGAUCGCUCAUGGAAUGGGUCACUUUUAGGGACACGUUCAAAACCCUAAUUGUCGACAAUCCUCACUUGACCGAUAUCGAUCGGUUCACAUACCUUCGAACUUCGUUGGCGGGAGAAGCGCUGCAGCAGAUUGCGUCGAUUGACCUCACGGCGGACAACUACUCCAUAGCGUGGCGCUCAUUGGAGUCACGCUACGAAAACAAGAAGCUUCUGGUGAAGUCCCACAUAGAUGCUCUGUUCGCAGUCAACCCGAUGAAGAAGGAGUCCUUCGAAGCGCUGAAUCACGUCAUCGGCGAGUUUGAGAAACAUCUACAGAUGCUGACGAAGCUCGGCGAAGAUACUCAACAUUGGAGUACGCUUCUGGCUCACAUGCUGGCCAGCAAGCUCGAUCCCACAACACAACGACUGUGGGAAACGGAACAUCGCUCAACAGACGUUCCCAAAUAUGACGACAUGCUGAAGUUCCUAACGAACCACAGGACAGUUUUGCGUUCGAUUUCCGGUGAAACACAAGCACCAAAGGAGCCGAAGAAAUUCUCAAAGUUUAGCAGCAGUUAUUCGGUUCAGCAGCAGUCGUGUCCAUUCUGCAGUGACGGUCAACAUUGGACGUACCAGUGCAAGCGGUUCAGGGAGAUGAGAGUCGACGAGCGGAGGAAUGCAGUGAAGGUCAACGAUUUGUGCUUCAAUUGUCUCGGUCGCGGUCACACUUCAAAGGUCUGUUCCCGAGGCGCCUGUCGUGUUUGCGGUCAACGACAUCAUUCAUUGCUGCACAUCAACAGCACUAAUGAGCAGCAGGCACCGCAAUCGAACAAGCGCUCGCAACAGUCACCACAGAACCCACAAUCGAGUCAGACAAGUUCAUUCUCACAGCACAAAAAGCCAACACAUACCAAUCCUCAGCAAUCCUCAAACCAAUCUUCCAAAAACCCCAUUCCUAUAGCCAAUCCAAGCAUGCAAACGCCACCUACUCUAGACACUCCUAACGUUGUACUCACCGCUCAAGAAGCCAAGGUGUCACGAUCGGUUCUGCUAGCAACUGCGAUCGUGAUCCUUGAAGACCCCUUUGGAAACACCAUGCAAGCUAGAGCAUUGCUUGACAGCGGCUCUCAGCUGUGCUUUAUUUCUGAACGAGCAUCGCAGCGUUUGAAAUUCAAGCGCUCUCGCGAAGCACUUUCGAUUAGUGGUAUCGGUCAAGCCGCUGUCAACAGUCUGCAACUUCCGGAGGGCAUCGCACUCGCCGAUCCACUUUUCACGGAACCCGGUAGCGUGGAUGUGAUUAUCGGGGCAGGAUUGUUCUUCGACCUGCUCCUCAAGGAGAAAUUCAAGCUCGGAGAAGAUGGACCAGUCGUACAAAACACGAACCUCGGCUGGAUUGUAUGCGGAAACCUUCCUAUCGAGACAGAUGUGCUGAGACCGCACGUUGCCAAUCUGUGCACCGAAAGGCUGGAUGAUCUACUCACGCGAUUCUGGGAGCUGGAGUCGUGCAAAACGAACAGUGUGCUGUCAUUGGAAGAAUACGCCUGCGAGAAGCUCUUCGACCGUACAACGGUGCGGGAUGGAAGUGGGCGGUUCAUUGUAACACUUCCCAAGAAGGACUACUUGAUUCGUCAACUUGGGGAUUCGAAAUCCACGGCGAUGCGCCGUUUCUUGUCGCUGGAACGCCGGCUAGACCAGAAUCCACAACUCAAGCAAAUGUACAGCGAGUUCAUUCACGAAUACCUUCGCAUGGGCCACAUGGAGGAGGUUGUCGCGGACGAAGAAGAUGCUGCACUGCCGCAGUACUUCAUUCCGCAUCACUGCGUCAUCAAACCCGACAGCACAACUACGAAGCUACGGGUGGUGUUUGAUGCAUCGUGUGCUACGUCGACCGGAGUCUCCCUCAAUAAUGCGUUGAUGGUGGGGCCGACGGUUCAGGAUGAUAUCAUUUCGAUCGUCCUUCGCUUCCGAUUUCAUCGGAUUGCCAUCGUAGCGGACGCCGAAAAGAUGUACCGUAUGGUACUGCAACAGUGGACGGAUCGCAAACUGCACAAGAUCUUCUGGCGAGAUAGUCGGAACGAGGAAAUCCGAGUCUUCCAGUUGAACACCAUAACGUACGGGACGGCGUCAGCGCCGUAUUUGGCCACGAAAUGUCUUAAGCGACUCGCAGAACUGGAUGGACACAAGUACCCUGAAGCAGCAAAAAUCCUCAGCAAAGACUUUUACGUUGACGACAUGAUGACUGGAGUGGACAGUGUAGAAGAUGGAGUCAAGCUGUGCAGCGACAUGCAGCAGCUGCUGAAAGGCGGAGGAUUCAACCUGCGAAAGUGGAGUAGCAACUGUCCAGCUGUUUUGGAGGAAAUACCCGCGGAGCUCAAGGACGACCGCAGUUCGUUCGAGCUCGACGACUCAAGCGCUACCAUAAAAACCCUUGGUCUAGUCUGGGAGCCCAGGAUAGAUGUAUUCCGCUUCAAGGUUCCGGAAUGGACAUCUUCGGUGAUCUGCAAACGUUCGGUCGUUUCCGACCUAGCAAGAAUCUUCGAUCCGAUCGGGCUAAUCGGAGUUGUGAUCGUCUCUGCCAAAAUAUUCGUCCAGACCCUCUGGAAACAGAAGGUUUCCUGGGAUGAACCUCUGCAAGAUGAGCUCCGAACUCAAUGGAUCGAAUUUCGCACCAGCCUUUCGAGGCUCGAAAAUCUGCAGAUUCCGAGAUGGAUUGCCUUCCGGAAAGAUUGUCUCUCGUUGGAGCUCCACGGCUUUUGUGAUGCAUCAAUGAAGGCCUAUGGAGCAUGUAUAUACGUCCGAUGUACACACUUUGAUGGGACAAUCACAUCCAACUUGCUGGUAGCCAAGUCACGAGUCGCACCGCUUGCUGAACUGGGUAAGAAGAGGAAGCAGCUCACAAUUCCACGACUAGAGUUGUCUUCGGCUGUACUUCUCGCGCACCUGUAUGAGAAAACUUCGGCGAGCAUUCCGGUACCCGCUCAAUCGUAUUUCCACACCGAUUCUAUGAUCGUGAGAUACUGGCUCUCAUCAAAUCCGUCGCGAUACCAAAUGUUCGUGGCGAACAGAAUCUCCGAAGUGCAGCAUCUGACGAAGAACGGAACCUGGCGACAUAUUGCAGGCAUUGACAAUCCCGCGGAUGGCCUAUCGCGCGGUGUUUCACCUGCAGAUCUACAGCAGAACUCGCUAUGGUGGGAAGGUCCGGGCUGGUUACGACAAGAGAAGAACUGCUGGCCGGAAACACAAGAAGUAGUACUGGAGGAGCUCGAUCGUUCGUGCUUAGAAGAAGGUUCCACAGUAGCUUCAGUAGCAGCAAUUUCGCCACCUAGUGAAGUCUUCGGUCUACGUUCCACACUGCACCGGUUAGAAAAAUUGGUUGCCAUGUUGCUGCGCUUCAAACACAACGCUCUUCACGCACGUGGAUCGAUUCCCAAGAAGUACGGUCCGGUAUCACUUGCAGAACGAGAGGACGCUCUACUGCAUCUUGUGAAGCUGUCACAGAAGGAGUGCUUCGCUCAAGAAAUCGCCGAUCUUGAAAGAAAGGGAGAAGUCAAGCCAACUUCUCGAGUCAACACACUCCAUCCACGGCUAGUCGAAGGCGUACUUCGGGUUGGCGGCCGGCUGGAAAAUGCUCCAAUUUCGACGGACCGAAAGCAUCCUGUGCUGUUGGACAAGAACCAUCCGCUAACGUUUAUGAUUAUGCGUCGUUUCCACUUUGAACACCUUCACGCUGGACCACAACUGUUGGUAGCCAGUGUCCGGGAACGCUUCUGGCCACUCAGCGCACGCAGUCUCGCUAGGACGAUCGUGCACAGAUGCAUUACCUGCUUCCGCAAUAAGCCGACGGUCCAGAAUCAGUUGAUGGCUGAUCUCCCAGCGGAACGGGUUACCCCAGCUCCACCAUUUCUUCGGGUAGGCGUUGACUACUGCGGACCCUUUCUGAUCAACUACCCCAAUAGAAGGCGAAUCACCGUUAAGCACUACGCAGCCAUCUUUGUUUGCUUGGUCACUAAAGCGGUCCACAUCGAGAUGGUUGCUGACCUCACCACCCAAGGUUUCCUGGCCGCACUGAAACGGUUCGUGGCCAGACGUGGAAAACCAGCCCUCAUUACGUGCGACAACGGCUCUAACUUCGUUGGAGCAAGGCGGCAGUUGGAUGAACUUGCCGCUCUGUUCAGAGACCAGCAAUCCCAGCAAGCAAUUACUGCGGGUGCUGCGGAUGCUGGAAUAGAUUUCAAAUUCAUUCCUGCCAAAUCCCCAAACUUUGGCGGUUUGUGGGAGGCGGCAGUGAAGUCCAUGAAGCAGCAUCUGAAGAAGAUGAUAGGACUGCGAACAGUUACUCCUGAGGAACUGAACACGGUUCUGACUCAAAUCGAGGCGUGUCUCAACUCUAGACCGCUUACACAGAUCAGUAGCGAUCCGAGUGACCUCGAUGUUUUGACUCCAGGCCACUUUCUCAUUCAACGCCCUCUGACGGCCGUGGCUGACCGUGGCUACAAGACGUUCCGGAGAACCGACUCUCCAGGUGGUAGAAGGCUGAAGAUUUCGUUCAGCGCGUGUGGUCCAGAUGGUCCACGCAGUACUUGUCCGACCUGCACAACAGGACAAAGUGGACCCGCCAGAGGAACAACCUGUUCGUUGGCACAAUGGUGCUGA